GCAGCAGCUUUCAUUUCACCAUUUAUACGCAGCAGCAGGAGGAAGCCAAAGCAUCAAGCUCUGUCUUGUGAUUUAUUUUUUUUUAUUUUUAUUUUUUUUCUGGGAGAAACGUUAGCUUUCCAAUAGCUCUGUAGACGAGCCCGUGGCUGCUUCCUCCCUGCCCAAACACAGCCAGAUUUCGGCAGUUUUCCCGGAGCACAGUAGUCCUUGGAGUACAGAAGUGGUCGUAGCCAGGUCAGCUUGCUCGUGGAAAGCAGGAGCGACGGGGCACUGAGGCAGAGUUUGGCCGAGAUUGACAUGGCAACGCGUCGUGGUGCAGAGAACGAUGCAGCUGAGGUCCCCCAGAGGCGACCGCGACUGCCGGAUGCUUUCCAGCAGGAGGAAAGGGAGACGCUCAGGAAAUACGAGAAGAUGGAGGAGAGGGUCAGAAAAAUCCUGACCGCCUCGUGCGAGAAGAUAUCCCACCUCUUUCAUCUGAAGGACAUGCCCGAGCACCUGGCUUAUCUCCGGGACCGCAUCACGACCCUCAGCUCCAAGCUUAACUUUGAGCCCAUCUACAUCGGGCUCUUCGGGAGCAGCGGCGCGGGGAAGAGCACCCUGCUCAACACCAUCCUCCACAAGCGCUUCUUCCUCCCGGUGUCAGGGACACGCGCCUGCACCUCCUGCCAGGUUCAGAUCAGCACCUGCGGCAGCAGAGAGUACAGAGCCAAGAUUUUUCUCCUCUCCAACGAGGAGUGGAUGGACGAGGUGAGGAGCCUUCUGGCGUUCCUGGAGACGGACAGGGAGGCUGAUGAGAAUGACAGCGACAAAGAUCACGCCGUUCGAGCGCUGCAGGCUGUCUACGGGGAAGGAGCGGAGAACAGGACUUACGAUGAGCUGGUGAAAGCCAAGCCUGCCAUCACUAUUCCCCACUCCAGAGUUAUUGAUCUGAAAACGGCAGAGGCAGAAGUUCUCUCCCGGGAACUGGACCCGUACAUCCGCAACCUGGAGGGCAACGAGGGGCCUGGGGAGGGGGGUGCCGCCCUCCACAAGGAGCAGACGCGGCUCUGGCCCCUCAUCAAGUACGUGCAAGUGACUCUUCCCGCGUCCGAUUUCAUGCCUGAUUGUGUCAUCUUUGUGGACAUCCCGGGGACGGACGAUUCCAACAAGAAGAGGGAUGAAAUGUGGAAAGAGAGCAUCCUGCAGUGCACAUCCAUUUGGGUCAUCGCUGAUGUUGAACACGUUUAUGGGGCCAGAGCACACGAAAACAUGCUGACAGAGGCGAUUACAGCUUGCAUGAUUGGCAAGUGCAGCGAUAUCAACUUUGUGGUCACCAAGAUGGAUAAGAUCAGCCGGGAGGAGUACAUGCGUGACCAUCCCAAUGCACCGAAGGAUCUAAGCACGCACGAUGCCAUUUUGGAGACAAAAAAAGACCUGAAAACAAGAAAGGCCAGAGCAAUAAGGCUCAGGAUGCAGGUAUGGUAUACCUUGUUAUUUUGGUGACAAAUGCAUGUUA